AAUUAAGUACUUGAACUAGCGAAUUGACUGCGACGCAUUUACUGCGGCAAGCUCUUUAGUCUUUUGGCAGCGGGCAGGCGGAAGGUUCAGAAAAACCAAAUCCAAAUCAAAUCGGCGGACAGACAGAUAUAGACCGGCGAUGAGUACUGAUAAGAACGAUGAUAUCUUGCGGCCACUUAGCGAUAGCGAAGUGGACGAAAUGCUCGAUCUAUACAAAGUUAAGUUCGGGGUUAAGAACUUCCACUACCUAUUGCUCUACAACCAGCGAAAGUGGGACCGCCAGCUGAGUGAGGCUCAGAUACCGCGCGAUGAUCUGAACCACAUAUCUCUGAGGAAGCAGUUCUACACCCAUCGAAGGGGAAACUUCCGGAAGUGGGGCACCUAUGUGAGCCUUCAUCGGGACAUCGUGCAGAGCGUCUCCUUUUUCAGCUGGCAGCCAGAUGGAGGUGCGGAGCUGUGGGAAUGCCUGGAGCAAACGCAGCUCAUCGAGUGGACACAGGGAGCCCUGCUGACCAACGUUGAUCUGGGAUUUUGUGAUCGGGUCAAAGAGUUGGCCGUCCGCCGCGGAGUCACCUCCAUUCAACCUCGCCAGUGCUCCGGGAUGGUUUUGUCGCACGAGGAUGCCUUAUGUGCAGAAGUUCCAGAGCUGCUCUCCGAGUUCGACAUCCGGCGAUUGAGGGACGAGGAUGUAGCCAUGGUGCACGAUUCCUGGCCUAACAAGGGUGAAGGCUCACUCACUUAUCUCCGGGCGCUCGUCCGAUUCAACAAAUCCUUGGGCAUCUGUCGAAGCGACACUGGGGAACUGAUUGCCUGGAUCUUCCAGAACGACUUUUCCGGACUGGGCAUGCUGCAAGUGCUGCCCAAGGCGGAGCGUAGAGGACUAGGUGGCCUCCUGGCCGCUGCGAUGACCCGAAGAAUUGCUCGGGGCGAGGUGAUCACCCUAACGGCCUGGAUUGUCGCUACUAACUGGCGGUCGGAGGCGCUGCUCAAGCGGAUCGGGUACCGGAAGGAGCUGGUCAAUGAGUGGAUUAAGUUGGUACCGAAUUUUUCAUAGACGCACCAGUCGGUAAAGAACUGGUGAUUGUGCUGGAUUCCGUUGGAUAGUUUGACAACUGACCUCACCUAUGGUCAAGAAGAAGACAAGCCGAUUUGCAUUUGCUUUGCCUAUGUACAUGGUCAACAAUUUUAUUUUGGCAUUUAACAUGCGCACACGCUUUCUGAAUACACUUUACGGCUUAAUCAAAUUCAAAAACAAAUUCGAAACUAGCGGGCGGGAGGGGAUAUGGAAAUCGGGGUCUCGAACUACUUAUUUACACACUCGGCUCGCAUCCAAAACAAUAUCAAAAAUACAUUUCAUUUACAGCAUUGCUUUGCAUUCUAGGUAUAUAUACAUAUAUUACGCACUUUUGACUCAAUCGGCCCAACUGCCAAAUUUUACAUUUUCCAGUUAAUUACCUAAAGUAUGACAUGCACAUAUGUGUAGCUCAUACAUACGCAUUUUAUACACCUUGCGUAAGAGUGUGUCGUUUUCUCUCAACGAGAUUUAAAUUGAAAUUCUGCGGAACAUUAAGAGCGAUAAUAUCUUAGAAUUAAGACACUCCUUUAGUUUUUCUACUUUAACUACUAUUCAUUAGCCGUAUUGAUUAAGCACCUUUUACGUCUUAUUUUCAUUUUUCUAUUCAAUCAUAUAAAAAAAGCAAGCUUAAAUGUUUCAAAAGUCGGUUGUGACCUUGUUUUGUGGUAUAUAAAGUUACUUGUUUGGAAACAACAAAUUUUUUUUUAUUCGAUUGAAAAUGAAAAUGUUACUUCUUCAUUUAAAUUAUUAAAUUUAGAGUUGCGCCUCUUUA